UCUUGUUUUGUAAAAUGAACUGAGGGAGCAGCUGCGGGUCUGACAGUAAACGGUGAGUGGCCAGCAUCCCACCCGUGCCCUGCCCUGCCAUGGAUGCCUUUGCACGAAUCCGGGGGGUCCCACUCAAGGCCCGGGGCUCCAUCAGGAAAGAGUCUCUGAGUGAGAGCCCUGCUCUAUGUCUGAGGACCCUGGCGAGGAGCAGGAGGGAGCUGUGUAAUGUGGUGUUGGAGGUCCAGGCCAGAGACCCAGCAUGUCAGGCUGAGAUUCAGUUUGUAUGUUUACCCAGUCAGUCUGAAGGAGACGAUUUCACACUACAGGCCCUGCCAUCUGUUCCUGUUGACCUGUUGGAGUUGCUGAGGUCACUACAUGUCCAUAGUCUCAAGGACGAAGAGGUGCUGCUGCUCAAAGACUCCAAGAGAUUCCUAGAAAAGAAAGACAGUAUUCCCCAGGCUACCUGGUCGAAAGCCAUCUGUAUACUGCGACACUCCCACGUUAGCCCGAGCGACACCACUGCCAUGCUGGAUCUGCUGAGCCGCUACAUGGCCGGGUUCAGAUACGCCCUGGAGCUGCAGUCUCUGCAGAAAUCUGUGCCAGACGCCUGCCAGGCUGAGGACGAUGACACCAACCAGUCCGUCUCCUCCAUCGAGGAUGACUUUGUCACUGCUUUGGAGCACCUGGAAGAAGAGGAGGUGGCUGAUAACCCGUUCACUGGUCCCUUCAACCAGCGGAACCAGCGUGAUGUGGCCUCCCAGACUGUUCGCUCCCACCGCAGAAAGAAGUCAGGCUCUCGGAUCAUCAUCAGUUCAGUUGCCAAGGGGUCCUCAACUAAGCAGGCUUCCGGUCCUGAGGUGUCAGUAUCAGUCCAAAGCUCGGCACCAGCAUGGUCCUCACGACAAGGGAGCCAGUGGAGCUUCUUCACCCCGAACAGUCCUCCGAAAGGCCGUGUUACCUCUGCCACCCUGACUGAAUCGGAGGAGUCUGACUGCUCAAGCCCCAGUCCCAUCAUCUUCCUGGAUGAAGUAGGCUAUCAGAAGAGUCUUAAAGCAAAACUGGACAUUCCAAAAAUUCCUGUUCUUAAAGAUGGCGUGGAAGAUUCUGAUUCAGAAGUGAGUGAGUUCUUUGACAGCUUUGAUCAAUUUGAUGACCUUGACCAAGCCCUGGAGAGCACAAAUGAACCACCAAAGGAGCUGGCCUCCACCGGUCAGACACAAAAAAAGAAGUUCUCAGAGGACUGCGACUCAAAAUUUGUGUCUCGCGACUCUUCUGCUAGAGCCAUGAACCCCCACAGGUUUGACCACCCGGUCCUUCCUGCCAAUAUCAAGAAACCCACUCCACUCAAACCAGGAUCACCGUAUAGUGUCCUCCCCGAUGUUCCUGAUUCUCCACGGCUGGUAAGGACGUCCUGCGAGGAAAGCGGGGCGCUCUUCAGUCCAGUUCGAUCAUCGGCUUUUAGUCCUUUGGGAGACGGUCCCAACCUUGAGUAUUUUUGGAGGCCCGAUGGCGACGGCUCAGAACUGCGCAAACCUCAGGACCUCUGUGCCCUCUACAAAACGUACUCUGAUUUUGCAAACAACAUGUCAAAAGAGAUCCUCAGUUCAGUCUGUGGGUAUUCGUCUCCCACUGACAUGAACGUCAAUAAGAACCUGAGUUGCGUUUGUCAUAAAGAAUUUACAAACAGUAGCGGGCACCUGAUGAAACUGUCUGACAUUCAGGAGACAGUUACUAUAUCCAAGUCUCAAAAAUCCCAAACACUAAAAGAAGGAAUACAGAGGUUUGCCACAGACUUAGUGGAAAUGAGCCUUGGGAGUGCCUUCAGAGAUCUCCAGAAAGGUGUGGCCUCUUGUACCACUACACUUUGCCAUCUAGCUGCCAGGCUAACCUCAUCAGUGUUUCAAAUGGCGUUCCAUGAGAUAGGCAUGAGGCAUGCGUAUGUAUUAAAAGAACGUGCUAUAAAUGGCUUGGCAAGCUUCCUUGUUGGGGAGGCAGUGUCUGGAGCACUGAAAGAAUUCCACUUUGUGAAAAAACAGAUUUUCAACAACACAGUCACCAGGUUUGCUGCAGAUCUUGCGGAGGAGCUGGUGUUCGAAGGCAUCAUGGAAGUUUGCCAGUUCUCACACCCUUCUACACCCAUGACCCCGAGUGACUGGUCCUUUGAACAAGAGGAGGAGGUAGUUUGUUCUUAUGCCUCUGAUCUCUCGGAAUCUGUACUCCAAGAGGCUUUCAUUGAGCUGUCUCAGGCAGAUGUGACCUUCACAACACAGGCAGCUAUCAGUGUGUCUCUGGACAAUAUCCACUACGUCAGUGCUGAGGACACCACUCAGACCACAAGGACUUGCAACACUGCCACAAGUUAUCUUGGGUUACCAUGCACUGCUGAGCCGGUCCAUUCUGAGGCAGAAAACAGCUGCACUGUGGAAAAGGCUUUGUUCUGCAUGUCGGGGAUUGCCAGCUGCAUUCCGGUACCUGUGGCAGGGAAAGGUAUCUCUCAGUUCCAGAACUCAGUAGAUACUUGUCACUACAAAUCCAGUAUUUGUCAUACAUCACAAACUAGUCCUAAGAAAAGUAGCUCUUCUGAACAAAGUCAAGUGAUGACAUCGGCUUCAGACACAUCUGCAACAGUGCAAGCAAAUAUUAUGCCACCUGUUGCUCGUAGCAGAGGCGUCCAUGGUGAGAAGUAUAUUCUUGGAGCUGCGGCAGACUUCAUGCCUGAUGAGAAUGUUUCAGAUGCCCCAUCUUCUGAAAAGACUCAGAACUUCUCUGGAAGCAUAGUGGACACACUCGUGAAUGAAUCUUACAAGGUCAUGACUGGCUCCAACAUGAAAAAUACAGUGGAGGGCUGUGCUGGCUAUGAGAAGAAGAAAAUAGGAAAUAGCAUCUCCUCAUCAGGUCGAGAAUGCACGUCAAAGCGCACAUCUGUGGAAGGGAAUUCAGUAAGGUCAACACCGACUGGUCCUGAACCUCCAUCUGAGAAAAAGCCAGAAACGCAUUUUGAAUUACAGGACCCAGCGUGGCAACGGUUAGUAUCUGAGGAUAAGUGUACCAAGCAAAAAGACUCUGCCUAUCUGAGAAAGCGAACUGAACAGACUUCCCUCUCAUUCACAAAGCCCCCUUGUAAUUCGGGGUCAAAGAGCCCAGGUGCUGACAAGUUUGAAUCAGACUGCAGGAAUGUGUGCCUGGUGAGGGAACGGACCCCUGUGGUGCAUCUCCCGCCGAUGAAGGAUACUUUAGAGGUGCCGAGUUUUGAAGCAGUCAGCCGUGACUGCAGAAAGAUAGUUCCGGAAGAGAUGCUGAGCAGCACUGGGAGGAAAUGUAGUGGAACCCCUGGCACUCCACCACCCACCCCUCAGCAGCCCCUCCCAGUGUCCCAGGAGAAACAAUUCAAACAAUUCUCCAAGAAGCUCAAAGGCAAGCUCGCUAAGGAGUUCUCUCCUGCCACGCCUCCGUCCACCCCACACUACCAGUCUGCCGGCGGCCUCGCUGAAACUCAUGCUGACUCUGACAAGGCAGACUUCAUGCUGAAGCUCAUGAGGUCUCUCUCUGAUGAAGCAGGUAGCAACGAGGACGAUCAAGAUAGUCAAGAAGAUGGCUCCGGAUCUGGAAUGGCAGCCAGAGACUGCCACACGGAACUAAACCUGCCAUUAGAAACUGAACAAAAAAUGAUAGAGAAGGGAGCUCUCUGUUAUGCUGGCCGCUUAGCAAGCCACAUUGUGUCCAUGGCAACUGAGAUGGACACACUAGGUUUGGAAGAUGGACUGAAGGUAGAGGAUAGGGAAAGCAAAGGUGGCCCUCCUAUGCGCAGUGCACAGUUUUCAGAACAGACGUUAAACUCAUUGUGGACAUAUGCUGGGGAAAUAGCCGGAGAGGUCAUCAGUGAUGUAAAGAAAAUGAUUGGUUCAAGUCAGUGCAAACACAAAGCCGAGAAGAGAGGAGAGGAUGUGGACGCUGUCUGUCAUCAGCACAGUGACUGUAGGUGGACCAGCAUGGCCGACCAGUGGUCCAGCAAUCUCCUGGCUUCAGUCCUUAGCAUCCAGAGCUCUGGGUCAAGUGGUCUCUCCUCUGAAUACCCCAGCUGUGAGAGUGUGACAGAUGAAUAUGCUGGAUACCUAAUCAGGGUUCUGAAGAGAGAAGGGGGACAUCGGGAGCUCAUUUUGGAUCAAUAUGCCAGCCGACUCGCCUAUCGUUCCAUUAGAUCAGGACUGGCACAGGCUGCAAGGAGGAUCAAGCAGAGGUCUAACUUGAGGCUUGACUCUUUCAGGAGGUUGCAUCACGAUGAAACCUGUGAGAAUUAUGGGGGCAGUAUAGCACAGACAACCUCUGAGGAAGAUGUUGGGAAUGUAAGCUCUUCUUUGGAGGCUGUUCACUGUACUUGCCAGGAGACUAAAAGUUUGAGUAAGAGGGAGUACGUGGAACUUGUUACAUUUGCAGAGUCUUUAGCGUAUAACAUUGUGUGCGAUGUCACAAGAAAAUUGAAAUUUUCAUCAGUUCGCCUGCCUAAGUCCCUGACUGAUUCCUGUCUGUACAGAAAGCCCAAGGUAGAAGAUGUGCCCAAGAACCUCAGCAAAAGCACAUGUUCGUGCUCCUCACUGCCUUACACAGAGAAACACAAACAGUACCACAGCACCAGCAGCCUAAAUGACGGGAACCGCAGUGAUGGUGUCAUGCAAGUCAUUGAGCACUAUGCCAGGAAGAUUGUUGAUGACACUUUGGAGAUGACAUUAGUAUCAGCAGGCCAUUGGGCUUUAGAUGAUGCAAGGAGGAUGGACCGAAAUUCACACACUGAAAAGUUGUCGGAAGUAGCAUUAAGGUCUGGCUUAGCUGAUAAAACCUGUCGCUAUUGUGUGAUUAGGGAGCGUCCAUUUUGCAGUAAUGCAUGUGAGCACAACUUCCAGGAAAUUCACAGGAAGAGGAGGUGGGAUUGUGAAGCAAUGGCUGACAGCUGCUGUAACAGGACGAGGGUAUGUGGUUUUGAAAUUCCCAAAAUUCACAUUGAUUUGGAGAAGAGGGCAGCAUUUGCAGAGGAAAUGGUAUCAUCAGCGAUUGAGAAAGCCAAGAGGGAGCUGAGCAACACUAGCCUGAAUGCAGACAGUGGGAUCGGGCAUGAUGGCGCAAGCUUCGCUGAGAGCCUCGCCACAGAGAUCAUGACAUCAGCGAUGUCCAAUAUAUGCCAGACUAUCAACGUCAGCCCUCCGGGGAGGGAAAGGACAUACACAUCGGAGUCCACCGUGAGCCAGCAGCUGAGCCUGAGCGCAGGGGAGGACAGCCUCGGGAGCUGGUCCAACCUCAGCUUUGAGGACGAACACCCAGACGAAAGCAGCAGCUUCCUGCACUUGAGUGACAGUAAUGGGAACAGCAGUAGCUGGAGCAGUCUGGGGUUAGAGGGAGAGGUUUGCGAGGAGCACUUGUCCCUCUCCCCGUCUAACAGUGACGGUACAGAGGAGAAGGAGACGGAGACCAAGGAGGACAUUGAUGGGCCGCUGCGUGCCGAGGCAGGGCUGGUGGUGAUCAACACGGACCUGAGGGAGCAGGCCCUGGACCCGCAGGUGAGGACGGUGCUGCAGUGGAUCGCUGCCUCCCACUCCGAACUGCCUGCGGUGCAGCUGGGCCGGCCUACCGAGCAAGGGCUGCAGCAGCUGCCGGCAGUGCUGUGGAGGGUGAGAGAGAGGGAGUGGAAGGUGGGAGAGCUCCUCCAGGCCCUCCUCAGGUACUGCGAGGAGGCGGAGCCGGAGCUGGACGGAGAGGAACCCCACCGCAAGCCCUUUUUCCAGUGGCUUCUGGAACAUGCCUAGACCCCCCCCUCCCCCAUCCCAUGAUGCUUAGCCACCGCACUGAAAAACCCUGCAGUCAAACACUAAUGAUCGCGUUUCUUAUGAUCCUCCCCAUCACUGUGCGGUAAUGUGCAAUGUAUUUUGCCAAAAGUAGAGGCCUAGUCAGUGGAAUGUGUCAGUUGUCUUGUGUAUUGCUUUUGCGUUGGAUACACCUACCGCCACCACCUUUGGGGGGGAAGGGGGUGGGGGUCGCCGUAGACAGAGCAGCUCUCAGUGGUGCGUGUGUGCUUGGUGCUACGCCGUGACUGAAAGAGCUUCAUUCUCUUUUAUUUACAUUGGCAGCGUACUUUUAUAGUGCACAUCCAUACCUGUAUGUGUUCGUUUGUAGGCACCUGUGCAUUCCUGCUUUCACACCCUUUGCUGACAUUGGACAGUAAUGAGAGAACGCCCCCCAGGAGUUGACUAACUGUGUUCUGCCAGGGAAUUCCCAUCACUACCUUUCCUUGUGGGGUUGUCUCCACAUGUUCAGGGACCAGCCCGACGUACCACUAUCGCUUCCAGCAUUGUUGUUUUAAGAGUUGGAGGAAUUUGACAGUAGUAAAAUCUAUCAAACCAGCCAAUGAAGCAUUAAGACUGCAAUUAUUUGGGGGUAUUCUGUUGCACAUUUUUUCCAACGUAGUUGAGACGCAGAUGAAUGUAAGAGUGAAUAAUGAAGCUUGUUCAGAGGAGCUGUUUUUGGUCACUAUCAGCCCAAAUGCAAGGGUCUGACUCUGAAGUGUUGAAAGGAAAUUUAGAAAAAUGAAUGGCUCAGUUAACAAACAAGUGUUUACAGGGAUUGUUAUUAGCAAUGUAAUAGCAUGGAGCCCCAACACCCUAGUGUAUUUAUUUAUGUCUGCUAUGUUUGAAAGAAAAUCAGAAAAGCGUUACAAAAGUUUUUGUACAUUUAUUUCAGGGCUUUUGCUGCAGACUUUGCCUUAAUGUGGUAUCAGGUAGUUGCUAUUGUAUAAAAUAAAAUUAUGGUAUUAACAGAGUGCAAAAAUAUUAACUAUCUUCACAGACAUAAAUAAAUAAAUGAUUAAAUAAAUAAAUAAAUAAAUAAAAUCUUCCCACAUACUACAUGUGGUUAUUUGCCAUAUUUGGAAUAUUUGCCACAUCCUGGAAUUGUGUUUUAAACCAUGUUUUCCUACAGGAAGGGCACAGUGAUUCACUGAUAGUGCAGAAAUGAAUUACUGACGCAUCAUCGGUCUGCCCCUUUGAACCACAUAAAACAGGGCUAGCAUAGCUCGUCUGAUGGUCAUGUAUACAGCACAUCUUUCAGUGGUGGGCCAGGCAAGAUUUGGAAUUUCUUAUGACCAAUUCUCUGGUUUCUCACUACCUUGUACAUUACUGUCAGUUUUCCUGCACUGCUUUGGUCAUGAGUGAUGCACUUUUGGGAUAGACUGCAAGGAUAUUAGGGAACUACAGUAUUUCGUUUGAGAGGGCUGUGAUUUUCCAAAAGCAAGGGCAGACCUCAAGCCUGUCUGUCACAAACUACACAAAUGAUCAAGUAACCAAUGUGUCUGACAUAACGUAAAAAACACUAAGGUCAUGUGAAAAGCAGAAUACACAAAAUGCAAUUGGUGAGGGAUUGCCAUAAUUGAAAAGGUUGUUGUAGAUUCCAAUGCUGGAAAAGAUGCUAGGAGAUGAAUAGACAAAGACAUUUCUGUCUGUAUGGUGGCUCUGCGCUAACAUGGCAUACCUUAUUGUAACACUUAUUUUUGCAUGGGUACUUUCUUUUUCAUGUCAUAGUAAUUAUGCUGUGGUGGUGUCAAAGUGGUGUACUGUAAUUUCAGCUGCUCAUUGCCCUCAUCUGUUCUCAUUAUUUCUGAUCUGCAUGGCCUGCUCCUUGUGGUCAUAAUGGCAUUGCAAAAUUAAUGACAUUGUUUUCUGAGGCAAAGAGCCUUAAUGGGAUGAGGGCACUUCUAAAGAUGUGAUUUAAUGCAACAUGAUCCGUUAAACCAAAGGAUAUUAAAGUAGCCCAUCAGUGAACCAACACUAAUGCUACUACCACAGUAUUUAACCCAUAUAGAAAUGUGCAGAGGGUGAAAACAGAUGGUAUGUAAUAAGAUUGUUUCUGAUUUACCUUCAAGACAUUGCUGCUGGCAUUUGCCUCUGGAAAUUGCUUUUCAAUCCACGUAUUGGAGAGCAAUGUAGAAAUCAGAGAUUGAUUCAUACUGUCCAUGAAAGUGUGCUACGAAGGCAGCCGGAAGUUAUCCAAUAAAACACUCUUGGUAAUAGCAUUCAGGCAGGUCUCACCAAAGCGUAGACUGAUACAAUUUGAUGAAUAAGAUGGCAUGAAAGUCACAGACAGGGAACACACCAGUGGAUCUCACAGGGCCUCUUAUAAAGACAGGAUGGUGCUGCAUGUUUUUUUUUGGGAGAAUGAAUUAAAAGGAAGACAGUUGGUAGUACUGCAGUAUACUGUGUGGAUAUGUGGAUUCCUUGAAUUGGCCAACUGAUGUUGAAGGUUGUUCUCUUGCUGUAUGUGUGAACAAGAGGUACUGUGUAUGUCUUCAGCCCUCUUGUACUUAGUCACUUUACUUUGUGUACCAUUUGCGUACAUUCUUAUCUUUCAAAAAUAUGACCCAAUUCUAUUUUGUGUUAUUUAAAACUGAAUGUGUAAAACUGAAA